AUCAUCGUUUUAAACUGUGUCCUUUGGCCGACGUGACACCUCACGUGACGUCACAUCCGGAGUCACAUGGUCUAAAGUCGGCUGAGCCAAGAUUCCGACACCAUGCAGAGUUUGCUAUGUUUGAUGCUGCUGUCGGCUGUGGGCGUGGCUAAAACAUCACCUUUUACCGCACCGCCGCCAUUGGACCCUGAAGUCCAUAUGAACAUUACAGAGAUCAUCAGGAGGUGGGGCUACCCGGCGGAGGAGCACCAGGUGCUGACGGAGGACGGCUACAUCCUGAUGGUCAACAGGAUUCCUGGAGGGCUGAAAAAGACACAAGGUCCCAGAAGAGCAGUUUUCCUCCAACAUGGCCUCCUGGCGGCCGGCAGCAACUGGAUCACCAACCCGCCUCCUUCCAGUCUGGGCUACGUGCUCGCUGACGCCGGCUGUGAUGUGUGGCUGGGGAACAGUCGAGGGAACACCUGGUCCAGGAAACACCAGAAGCUCCGCCCAGAUCAGGACGACUUCUGGAGGUUCAGUUACGAUGAAUUGGCUCUGAAGGAUCUACCUGCAGUUGUGGACUACAUCCUAAAGGAGACCGGCCAAGAAGACAUUGUGUACAUCGGACACUCUCAGGGAACCACCAUAGCAUUCAUGGCGUUCUCCACGCUGCCACAACUGGCUGCCAAGAUCAAGUUGUUUGUUGCUUUGGCUCCCGUGGCAACCGUGUCCUUUACCAGCAGCCCUUUGACCAAACUGUCUCUGCUGCCCAACUUCCUGCUUUGGGACCUGUUUGGAAGGCGGGACUUCCUGCCUCAGAGUCACAUGAUCAAGUGGUUUGCAGAGCAUGUUUGUGCCAAGCGUCUGCUCAAUGAGUUGUGUGGAAAUCUCUUCUUCAUCCUGUGUGGCUUUGAUGAGAAGAACCUCAACAUGACUCGGACAGCCGUCUACACCACACACUGUCCUGCAGGCACGUCUGUGCAGAACAUGAUGCACUGGGCCCAGGCGGUCCGAGGCGGGCAGCUGAUGGCGUUCGACUUUGGCGCGGCAGGAAACAUGAAACAUUACAACCAGAGCACGCCCCCCCACUACCGAGUGCAGGACAUGAAGGUUCCCACCGCCAUCUUCUCCGGGGGCCGUGACACGCUGGCUGACCCCAAAGACGUGGCCGUGCUCCUCACUCAGGUGUCCAAGCUGGUCUUCCACCAGCACAUUGACCACUGGGAACAUCUGGACUUCAUCUGGGGUCUCGACGCCCCACAGCUCAUGUUUCCUUCUGUCCUCAAACUUCUGCACACAAUACCCUAGAGGGCGCCACUGAGUGUGUGCGUGUGUGUGUGUGGGUGUGUGCGUGUGUGUGUGUGCGUGUGUGUGUGGGUGUGUGCGUGUGUGUGUGUGCGUGUGUGCGCGCGUGGUUUUAUUGAUUGAUUGAUUGAUUCUUUUAUUAGUAGGUUGCACAGUGAAGUACAUAUUCCGUACAAUUGACCACUAAAUGGUAACACCACAAUAAGUUUUUCCACUUGUUUAAGUCGGGGUCCACUUAAAGUGAUUGAUGAUACAGAUAUAUACUAUCAUAUAUACUAUCAUCAUAAUACAGUCAUCACACAAGAUAAUCACAUUGAAUUAUUUACAUUAUUUACAAUC